AUGCUGAACCUCGGAUAUUUACUACCUCCAAAAGGGUUUAAAUUGCUACCUCCAAAAGGGUUCAAGUUACCACCUCCAAAAGGGUUCAAGUUACCACCUCCAAAAGGGUUCAAGUUACCACCUCCAAAAGGGUUCAAGUUACCACCUCCAAAAGGGUUCAAGUUACCACCUCCAAAAGGGUUCAAGUUACCACCUCCAAAAGGUUCAAAGAGAGUUGUAUUACUAAAUUAG